AUGAUCGAGGUUGUUUGCAACAACUGCCUGAGGAAGAAAGUCUGCGUGAGGUGCAACACCGAUGAGACCACUGGGGACCUUAAGAAACUUCUUGUGACCCAUACCGGCACCCGCGGGAACAAGGUUGUUCUUAAGAAGCAGUGCACAAUUUUUAAGGACCGUGUGUUUCUGGUGGACUAUGAAAUCCACAGUGGGAUGAACCUGGAGCUUUAUUACCAGUAG